UGAGUUUCGCAUUAUAUUAAUAUCUGUGAUUUCGCAUCUGUGAUCACUGUGAUGUGAUGAAAUGUGAAUGGGAGUGAAAAAUAAAGUCAAAUAUUUUAAAUGUAAAAAAAACAGCAAUAAAAUAUUUUAAAUAUUUUUGUGAUUUACCAAAAUUAUGUUCAAUUAUCUAAAAAGAAAUAAAAUGUUUACGUAAUACACAUAAAACUCCGAAUAGCCAUAAUGGUUUACGAAUCAUUGCCCCGAAAUGUUCGCAUUCUUUUGCUGGGUGAGCCAGGAGUCGGAAAAACUUCUCUUAUUCUUUCUUUGGUGACUGAAGAAUUUACAGAACAUGUGCCACCGAAAGCAGAAGAAAUUACAAUCCCAGCCGAUGUUACACCUGAGCAAGUACCAACGAACAUUGUUGAUGUUUGCGUUGCUGAACAGUCUUUGGAACAAUUAGGGGAAGAAAUAGAGAAGGCACAUGUAAUAUGCAUAGUGUUCUCAGUGGAUAGACAGGAUACCCUAAGCAAAAUAGCUUCUUACUGGCUUCCAUUUGUAAGGGACAAUUGCCCUGAAGAUUUACGUAAGCCAGUGAUACUGGUUGGCAACAAAAUAGAUUUAAUUGAUUAUUCCGUUAUUGAUAACAUAUGGGAUAUAGCAGAAGAGUAUCCAGAAGUAGACAGAUGCAUUGAAUGUUCUGCAAAAACGUUGACAAAUGUGUCUGAAAUGUUCUACAACGCACAAAAAGCUGUCCUGCAUCCCAUUUGCCCAAUAUACUCCAUUGAUGAACAAGAGUUAACAGAAAAAUGUAAGAAAGCACUAACAAGAAUAUUCAAAAUAUGUGACUUGGACGGCGAUGGACUUCUGGAUGAUUAUGAGGUGACAAUAUUUCAGAGGAAAUGUUUUGAUACACCACUGCAACUACAGGUUUUAGAUGAGGUAAAAUCGGUGAUUGCCCAGAACAUCGCUGGUGGAAUUGAGAAUGAUUGUAUUACAGUCAAAGGUUUUAUUUUCCUACACUGUUUAUUUAUACAAAGAGGAAGAAACGAAACCACGUGGACUGUACUCCGCAAGUUUGGAUAUGAUGAGAGUUUAGAACUAACCCACAGCUAUUUAUAUGCUAAUAUAAAAGUUCCUGUUGGUUGCACUACAGAGUUGUCAUACAAGGGACAACAAUUUCUUACUCAGUUAUUUGAAAAAUAUGACAGGGAUAAGGAUGGCAUGCUAAACCCGACAGAAUUAAAAAAUGUAUUUUCUUGCUGCCCUAGGAUACCUUGGCAUAACUUAAGAUACACUGUUCCAACAAAUGAUAAGGGCUAUUUGACAUUACAAGGGUGGAUGUGUCGGUGGACUUUAAUGACCCUUACGGAUUUGCAGAACACUAGCGCAUAUUUAGCAUAUCUUGGGUUUAAUUUUCUAGAAAAUGAGUCACAAAAAGCCGCUAUACAUAUAACGCGUGAGAAAAAGGUGGAUAUUGCCAAGAAACAGUCGAGCCGUAACGUUUACCAGUGCCACGUCAUUGGCCCGCGAUCGUGUGGCAAAACCUCUAUUUGUAGGAGUUUCCUUGGUAUUGCGCAUAAGAAAAUAAAGCCGCACGCGAACGAGCGCGGGGACAGCAACGUCGCUGACACCUGCUGCAUAAACACGGUGCUCGUGUACGGCCAGGAGAAGUACCUGGUUCUGAAGGAGAUCCCAAUCGCUCGCGUCUCGGAUUCCUUGCAGCCCAACGAGGUGAACUGCGACGUCGCCUGCUUGGUGUACGACGUGGCAGCUAGCAGGUCCUUCGAGUACAUCGCGAGGGUUUAUAUAAAAUAUUUCGCCGAAAGCCACAUUCCAGUUCUGAUAGUGGGUACGAAGGGCGACUCGCUUGUGGCGCGGCAGGAGUACAUGCUGCAGCCCGAGGUGUUCUGCGCCAAGUACCAGCUCCUGGCGCCGCAGAUGUUCAACAUCAAGGAGAACAAACACGACAUCUUUGUCAAACUUGCCACCAUGGCCGCGUUUCCACACUUGAAGCACUUCGCCAGUUUAUCCGGGGACAACUCGUCGUGGUGGAAAGCGGGCAUCGGCGUCGCCGCGGCAACCGUCAUGGGUCUUCUCCUCAUCAAAAUAUUCAGUUUCCAGAGAAGAUAAAUAUCAAGCCAUUCAUAGAGUAUUGCCACAUAUGUACAUAAAGUUGUUGUAUUAAAAAUAGUUUAUAUAUUAAUUUAAACAACAAAGUAGUAGUUAUAUAGACCAAAGAAAUACUUAAAAAGCAAUUACAUAUUGGUUUGAUAUUUAAAUUAAAAUUAUUUCAUUAUU